AGGCUAACCUGAACGCAUCGCUUCACUGGCACCUAGCCUAGCCGUGCUAACUUAGCUAAUCUGAUUUAUCGUCUAAGUUAAGCACACGAAACGUUCACCGGGAUUGCUAACUAUACAUUUCUUUAUAUUCCUUAAGACGUAACAUCUUUAUAAGACAAUUUAAAGUCUGUUUUGGAUGAUGGCAUCUCUCGGGGAGCCUGUGCGACUGGAAAGAGAUAUCAACCGUGCGAUUGAGCUGCUGGAUAAGCUACAGAGGACGGGAGAAGUUCCCCCUCAGAAGCUGCAGGCGCUGCAGAGGGUCCUGCAGAGUGAAUUCUGCAACGCUGUCAGAGAAGUUUAUGAACAUGUGUAUGAAACUGUGGACAUUAACAGCAGUCCUGAGGUGCGAGCCAACGCCACAGCUAAGGCAACAGUGGCAGCUUUCGCAGCAAGUGAGGGACACUCACAUCCACGUGUGGUUGAACUGCCCAAGACGGAAGAAGGUUUAGGAUUUAAUAUAAUGGGUGGAAAGGAACAAAACUCCCCGAUUUACAUCUCACGGAUCAUCCCAGGAGGCAUCGCUGACCGACAUGGAGGCCUUAAAAGAGGGGACCAACUUCUCUCUGUUAACGGGGUGAGCGUGGAGGGUGAGCACCACGAGAAAGCUGUGGAACUCCUCAAAGCAGCUCAGGGCACAGUGAAGCUGGUUGUAAGGUACACCCCCAAAGUCCUCGAGGAGAUGGAGUCACGAUUUGAGAAAAUGAGGUCGGCAAAGCGCCGGCAACAGAACAACUAUCCGCAGUAGGAUUUAUUUUUCCAGCUUCCUGCUCGGCUCCCUUGGGUCUCCUACUCUAGUUAUUUUGGUUAUCCGCUCUAGUCUUUCGUUUAUCUCCUUUUUUCCUUCACUCUGCUCCCUCCAUACAAACAUAAGGAAUAAAAAAAGCUGGACUAAUUUUUGUUUUUUCUAACAGAUGCUGUAUAUUGUGCUUCUCAUCUCCUCUGUAGCAUUUUAAUAUUCACCACUGUUACUGUACUUGACACUAAAACUCUAGACACACUAAAAUGAUGAUGAUUGUCUGUAACUUGACAUUUUGAAUGCAGAUUUUGGUUUGGCUUAGGAGGUAAACCGUGUCACUCCUUUUGACGGAAAAUAUUUUAUUCUUUUUUUUUACCACGGCCACUACCAAGUGCCUCAGGGCAAACAUAUUUAUAUCAUGUGCUGUGGGAAUGUACCUUGCUUAUUUUAACACUUUAGAAACAAGUACUGGUAAUUAAAUACUUUG